GUGGAGGAGCUGAAGGAACUAUGGUCAAUGGCACUGCCAAUAACAGCAAUGAAUUUUUUAGUCUAUGUCCGAGCCGUGGUUUCUGUCUUGUUCUUGGGUUGGCUUGGGAGCCUAGAGCUAGCCGGAGGUGCCCUCUCCAUUGGCUUCACAAACAUCACUGGCUAUUCUGUUUUAGUAGGAUUGGCUUCUGGGCUUGAGCCAGUUUGCAGCCAAGCCUAUGGCAGCAAAAACUGGGAUCUUCUCUCGGUCUCUCUCCACCGUAUGAUUUUCAUACUUUUCUUGGCCAUCAUUCCAAUAAGUGUUCUUUGGAUCAAUCUUGAAUCAAUAAUGAUUUUCAUGGGACAAGACAAAGACAUUACCUUAAUGGCUGCUAAGUAUUGUAUCUAUUCCCUUCCUGACCUGUUGACCAACACUUUGUUACAACCUUUGAGGGUUUAUUUAAGGUCACAAGGGGUUACUAAGCCACAAAUGUGGUGUACUUUAAUGGCUGUGAUAUUUCACGUGCCGCUGAAUUAUUUUCUUGUGGUGGUAAUGGGUUUGGGGGUUCCCGGGGUGGCGAUGGCUUCGGUAUUAACAAAUCUGCAUAUGAUGCUGCUGAUGAUGGGGUACGUGUACUCCUAUGGGAGGUGGGAAUGGAAAUGGAAGGCCAGGAUUGGUGAUGUGUGUCGUGGGGUUGGGCCGUUGCUUAAGUUGGCUGUGCCUAGUUGCAUUGGAAUUUGUUUAGAGUGGUGGUGGUACGAGAUUGUGACGGUGUUGGCCGGAUAUUUGCCUAAUCCCAGGCUCGCGGUGGCUGCCACCGGGAUACUUAUCCAGACCACUAGCUUUAUGUACACUGUGCCAAUGGCCUUGGCUGGCUGCGUGUCAGCGAGG